GCCAGGUCCCUCGGAGUCAGACUGAGGGGAGGGUCGCGCGCUCCAGGGAGGGGAGCUCCUGGGAGAUGAGGGUAGCGGCAGAAGCUUCCGAGGCCUCCUUGGGCCGCGGCGAUAGCCCGCGAUCCCCUCCUAACCUUCGCCAUGGCACUGCUUAUCCCCCUUCUUCCGCUUCCGGGCCCGCCUGACCCUCCAUAUUAGGUUCCGACCCCGGCCCCCCGCCUCAUUGGCCAGUAACCAGGCCGACUCUCAGCUCAUUGGUCCAUCCCUGUCACCGAAUCCAUCCAGACCCUGCCUCGGGCCUUCUCCGCCCAACUUAGGCCCCGCCUUCUUAGGCUCCAUCCUCAUUCCCAGCCUCCUAAGCCGCGCCCCUAGCCUAUAUAACGCUCUUAGGCCUAGUUGGGGCCCACCUUUCCAGCUAGUAGGCCGCACUUACCCUGCAUUGCCCCGCCCCUUUGCCCCAGACCCCGCCCAUUUCACCCACAGCGCCUCCUGUCUUCGGUUCAUGCAGGAUCCCAGUCUCCCUCUAGACUUUAGACCCCGAUCACCCAGCCAACUCCGUCGUCCUACUAGACCCCCGCUCCUUAAGACUCGCCUAAGCCUUUCUAGAUCUCUCCCACAGCCCGAGUCUUUAGCAUCCCUUCUCCCCAAGACUCCACCCCAAUCACCUGAGUCUGGUCCUCGCAGCCUCCUCCCCCGCACCUCGAGCCUUGCUCCCUGCCACUGUCGCGCCCAGGUGUUUAUCUAGCACUUAGUUGAGUUGUAAGCCACGGCAGUUUCGGUCUGAGCCGCCCGCCUCUUCUCUCGGUGCGUUCGGCAAACCCCGACGACACGGAGGGGCUCCAGACCAAAGGCGGCGGGAUCGCCAGCCCAGAUCCCGCCUCGCUGCUGCAGCCCGCGCCCCUCGCCCAUACCCCAGACGUCAACGCGGUAGUCCCGGGACGCGGAGACAUGCCCGAGCUGGUGGUGACGGCGCUACUGGCGCCCUCGCGCCUCACUCUGAAGCUGCUUCGUGCCUUUAUGUGGAGCCUCGUGUUCUCGGCGGCGCUGGUGGCUGCAGCUGUCUAUGGUUGCAUCGCGCUCACACAUGUGAUGUGUCGGCCGCGACGCGGCUUUUGCGGGCGCCCCCGGCACAACCCACCGGUCUGCUUGAGCGACCCCACGCUGGGAGAGCACUGCUUCCUGAUUCUCAGGAGCUCGGGCCUGCGCCUGCACUAUGUCUCCGCUGGACGCGGCAAGGGGCCCCUCAUGCUGUUUCUACAUGGCUUCCCUGAGAACUGGUUCUCCUGGCGCUACCAGCUACGGGAGUUUCAGAGCCGUUUCCACGUGGUGGCUGUGGACCUGCGGGGAUACGGCUCCUCCGAUGCACCAAAGGAUGUGGAUUGUUACACCAUGGACCUGCUGAUGGCAGAUAUCCAGGAUGUCAUUCUGGGCCUGGGUUAUUCCAAGUGUAUCCUCGUGGCCCAUGACUGGGGUGCACUCCUAGCCUGGAAUUUCUCCAUCUACUACCCAUCUCUGGUGGAGCGAAUGGUAGUGGUCAGUGCUCCCCCCAUGUCAGUGUACCAAGACUACUCUUUGCACCACAUCGGCCAGUUCUUCCGUUCCAACUACAUGUUCCUAUUCCAGCUUCCCUGGCUGCCCGAGAAGCUGCUAUCCAUGUCUGACUUCCAGAUCCUGAAGACCACCCUCACCCACCGCAAGAGGGGCAUCCCACAGUUGACCCCCAGCGAACUUGAAGCCUUCCUUUAUGACUUCUCACAGCCUGGUGGCCUCACCGGGCCCCUCAACUACUAUCGAAACAUCUUCAGGACCUUCCCCCUGGAGCCCCAGGAGCUGGCCACACCCACACUGCUGCUAUGGGGGGAGAAGGACCCCUAUUUUGAGCAAGGGCUGGUAGAGGCCAUCAGCAGCCGUUUUGUGCCAGGCCGGCUUGAAGCCCACAUCCUGCCAGGCAUGGGGCACUGGAUCCCUCAGACCAACCCUGUGGAAAUGCACCAGUAUAUGUGGGCCUUCUUGCAAGACCUGCUGGACUGAUGGCCCUAGCUCACUGGCUUGCAUGCACCCAGGAGUUCUCACACUGGCUUGCAUGCUCCCAGGUUGUAUAUAUACGGAUGGACUCUUGAUGCACACGGAUGGAACUCCUAGACUGCACACAAGUGCUUCUGUGGAUACCCUCAGGCACACUACCCUCACAUGCUCACAUACAGGCAGGCAUGUAUGCACGUGUGAGCAAGCACUUUGACCCCUGGGAACCAGGUAUGCCUCUCUGCGGAGCUAGAUACUGAGUGUCCUACUUCUCCUCUCCAUGAGGCCCCACCCAUCUUGCCAAAGUCAAAGCCCAGAGCUGCGUUGACCAUGAACUAUGAUCUUUCUGUCCCUGGCUUCCACCACCAGUCUGGAGUCCUCAGCUAAAUGCUGCUCUGUCCAAUACAGUACUUGUAGCCACGUCUGGCUACUUCCAUUUAAAUGCAAGUUAAUUAAAAUUAAAUACGAUGAAAAAUUCAGUUCCUCACUCACACAGGCAGGUGGAGGUCCAAACUCCUCUCCAGCCAGGCCCUGGAUAAACUCCCAUGAUCUCCCUCCGGGUCAUGACUCCUGGCCUUGUGAGGUCAAAUUCUACCACCCCAGCCUGGGAAAGAUCCCUGGGAUCUCUGUCUCAGAUCUAUGGGAAAACAGCUCUUGGCUCUGUUAGGAUAAGUAAGAUUGGGACCAGCUCCCUGAAUAGCCAUCCAGGGUGUCAGGCCUGCCUCCCCAGUUCCUUGACUCUUCUGUUCCAAAUUAACCAGAGUUUCUGCUGAUUCUUCAUGGGGACUCCUGGCUCCAGCCUCCCAGUGAAGAUCAUACAUGUCGAAGGUGAACCAUCCAGCCCCAGGCUGGUCACAGCAUUAACUUUUAUCUCCCUAGCCUUGUCCUGGCCUCUGGGAACACUGUUACAACUUGCAGCAGUGUGAUGAAUCAGUCUGAGGGUCUCAGAAAUAAUACCUUUCUCUUAUCUCGGGGGGCUUCUCUGGUGGCUCAGAUGGUAAAGAAUCUGCCUGCAAUGCAGGAGACCCGGAUUUGAUCCCUGGUUGGGGAUGAUCUCCUGGAGAAGGGCAUGGCAACCCACUCCAGUGUUUUUGCCUGGAGAAUACCCUGGACAGAGAGCCUGGUGGGUUACAGUCUAUGGGGUCACAAAGACUUGGACAUGACUGAGCGACUAACACUUUUUACUUUUUCACUUUUAUCUCCUGGAUGGACCUGCCUAGCCAAAGCCUGCCUGCUGGUUACCCCGCUCUGUCCUCCUUUGUCCCCUGCAUAAAAAUCCUUUCACUCA